AAAUAACAUGUGUUCAACUGUGUACAGCUCAUAUAAACUUCAGUUUGCUCAACAAGUGAGUUAGUAAAUUUACUAAAUUCAACUGGUACGGAUCCAACAAUCCCGCAGACUUCGGAAUUAAUUUGAAAUCAAUUGCGAUGAAUAUCAUUUUUGGAGCAGCGUUCCUAAUGUUAGUGAACAGUGCGUUAGCCACCGACUAUUGCAGAAGCGAUCUUUGUCCAGAUCCAAAAAAAACUCAUAUUUGCUGUCGACAUCCUGGCAAAUGGGGCGCGAGAGCUAAAUGUGGAGACAAUCCCCAGUUGUACAAAUUAACUGAUUGUGACAAGGAAUUUAUCCUGGAUUUGCACAACAAACACAGAAACGAGAUUGCUUCCGGAUCUGUAUCACGUUUUCCCGGAGCUGCCAACAUGAAAGAAGUUACUUGGAAUAAUGAGCUAGCCCAAAUAGCAUGCUACAAUGCCAUAUCUUGCGAAAUGAAACAUGAUAGUUGCCGUAGUACAGACCAGCACAAAUACGCUGGACAAAAUCUUGCCAUUGUUGGACAAACAAAAGGCUUUAAACCCUUCCGCGAUGCUUAUGAAGAUUUGCACACAAAAUGGUUUUUGGAACAUAAAUAUUGCGAUAUGAACAACAUUCGCAAAUACCAAGGCAAAGCGACAAAGGAUGACGAACAAAUCGGACAUUUCACUCAAUUGGUUUCGGAUCAGGUGGAUCAGGUCGGCUGUUGCGUAUCUAUGUUCCAAAGGGGUGAUUUUAAAUUCGUGUAUAUUGUUUGCAAUUAUUCCUACUCAAACAUCUCAAACAGACCAAUAUACAUUGAAGGAAAGCCGAAAUGCAAAAAAUUCAGCAGAAAAUACAGGUCACUUUGCGCUGAGUUUCCGGAGCACCGAUCAGUUUGGUUUUGGGCUUCAAUCGAUAUGCUGUUCCUCACUUUUGCAGUUGUGAUUGUCUAUGGUGCAGUGAGUGUUAUGGCAACGGAUUAUUGUAAUCCAGGUCUUUGCUACGGGUAUGGCAAACAUAUUGGUUGCGAUAAUGACGGCGAUUUUAGUCCCAAGUGUCCGGAUAAUCGGUUGUUGGUAAACAUGACCAAUAACAUGAAAUACUUUAUCCUGAACAAACAUAACCAACUCCGAAGUUUCGUGGCAAUGGGUCAAAUUGAUGGGUAUGAUUCGGCGGACAGUAUGGCUCAGAUGACUUGGGACGAUGAACUAGCUACCCUAGCUGAAAUGAAUGUUAAAACCUGUAAAUUUGGCCACGAUAAAUGCUUCAAAACUGACAGAUUUCCAUUGGCCGGUCAAAAUUUAUACGAAAUCCGAUCGUCGUCGAAAUUCAAAUGGUCUUCAUUUAGCGACGCCAUAAAUUAUUUUAUGGAUCGAUGGUUCACCGAACACAUAAACGCUGACAUGAAUGUGAUUGAUCGCUACCGGUCGAAUGGAAGGAAAAUCGGUCACUUUACGCAAAUCGUUUCGUCCGAAAGUACAAAGGUUGGAUGCGCAAUGGUCAUGUACAAGAGAAAUCGUGAUGUGACGCUGUAUUUCGUCUGCAAUUAUUCUUUGUCUAACAUUUUGAACGCUCCCAUCUACACGUCUGGUGAACCAUGCUCUAGAUGCUCUUACGGUUGUAGUACCUUAUAUCCUGGACUAUGUCUAGCAAAUUAAACUAUUUUAUGCUGAU